AACAGCUGCCUUACCAGAAACCAGAAUGCGAUAAAGUAGUUGGCGAUGUAGCUAACAUGUAGUUUACGCCAUAUAACCUGUGCGAGGUUCAAAAGUUGUGUGUGUGUGUGUGUGUGUGUUUGUAUGUGUGUGCGUGUGUGUGUGUGUUGUCCGCUGUCCAUGGUGUUGCUGUAAAGCUGUGCUGCAGUCUCUUAAAAGGAGCACCAUGGCAAUGUGGAUCCAGGCCCAGCAGCUGCAGGGUGAGGCGUUGCACCAGAUGCAGGCACUGUACGGUCAGCACUUCCCCAUCGAGGUGCGACAUUACCUGGCCCAGUGGAUUGAGAGCCAGCUCUGGGAUUCGGUGGAGUUGGACAACCCAGCGGAGGAGGCCAAGGCCAAGCGUCUGCUGGACAACCUAGUGGCUGAGCUGCAGAGGAAAGCCCAGCUUCAGGGAGGAGAGGAUGGCUUUCUACUCAAGAUCAAGCUGGGCCACUACGCAAACCAGCUCAAGAGCACUUAUGACCGCUGUCCUUUGGAGCUAGUGCGCUGCAUAAAACACAUCCUGCACUCAGAGCAGAGGCUGGUUCAAGAAACUACAAAUGCCAGCUGUGGGAGUGGGGGGCAGGCCAUGGACAGCCUGUCGCAGCGGCAUCAACAGAUCAACCAGGCCUUUGAGGAGCUCCGCCUGGCCACACAGGAGACUGAGAAUGAACUGAGAAAGCUGCAGCACAGCCAGGAGUACUUCAUUAUCCAGUACCAGGAGAACCUGCGCCUCCAGGCCCAGCUGAGCAGCCUGGGGUCACUGCCUCAAGCCGAGCGCAGCCAGCGGGAAACCACCCUACAGAGCAAAAGGGCCACUGUGGAGGCCUGGCUUACCAGAGAGGCCAGCACACUACAGAAAUACAGGCUUGACCUGUCAGAACAACACCAGAAGACCCUGGCCCUGCUGAGGAAGCAGCAGACUCUGAUCCUGGAUGAGGAGCUCAUCCAGUGGAAGAGAAGGCAGCAGUUGGCUGGCAAUGGGGGUCCUCAUGAGGGAGGACUGGAUGUCCUCCAGUCCUGGUGUGAGAAGCUGGCUGACCUGAUCUGGCAGAACCGGCAGCAGAUCCGACGCUGUGAACAUCUUACCCAGCAGCUUCCUCUCCCAGGCCCCAUGGAAGAACUAUUGACCAAACUCAAUGCUGACAUCACUGAUAUCAUCUCCGCCCUGGUUACCAGUACCUUCAUCAUUGAAAAGCAGCCACCCCAAGUGUUAAAGACCCAGACCAAGUUUGCAGCCACAGUGCGCCUCCUGGUGGGAGGGAAGCUCAAUGUCCACAUGAACCCACCUCAGGUCAAGGCUGUCAUUGUUAGUGAGCAGCAGGCCAAAGCUCUGCUGAAGAAUGAGAGUACACACAGUGAAAGCAGUGGAGAGAUCCUCAACAACAACUGUGUGAUGGAGUAUCACCAGGCUACCAGCACUCUCAGUGCACACUUCAGAAACAUGUCACUGAAGCGGAUCAAACGUUCAGACCGUCGGGGUGCAGAGUCAGUGACGGAGGAGAAGUUCACGGUUCUGUUUGAGUCACAGUUCAGCGUUGGGGGCAACGAGCUGGUCUUCCAUGUCAAAACCUUAUCACUGCCUGUAGUAGUGAUUGUCCAUGGUAGUCAGGACAACAAUGCCACAGCAACAGUCCUGUGGGACAACGCCUUUGCUGAGCCGGGCAGGGUGCCGUUCAUCGUGCCAGACAAGGUGCUGUGGCCCCAGCUGUGCGAGGCCCUUGAUAUGAAGUACAAGGCAGAGAUGCACAGUGGGCGUGGCCUGUCAGAGGAUAACCUGGUCUUCCUGGCACAGAAAGCUUUUACAAGCAGCAGCAACAACCCUGAGGACUACCGCAACAUGACCAUAUCCUGGGCCCAGUUCAACCGGGAGAGCUUACCUGGACGCAACUUCACCUUCUGGCAGUGGUUUGAUGGAGUUGUAGAGCUCAUGAAGAAACAUCUCAAGCCUCAUUGGAGCGAUGGGGCCAUCCUGGGCUUUGUUAACAAGCAGCAGGCACAGGACAUGCUGAUGUCCAAACCCAACGGCACCUUCCUACUGCGAUUCAGCGAUUCUGAGAUCGGAGGCAUCACCAUCGCCUGGGUGGCCGAGAACCCCAACAAACCAGGUGAGAGGCUUGUCUGGAAUCUGUUGCCUUAUACAACCAAGGACUUCUCCAUUCGCUCCCUGGCUGAUCGCAUCAGCGACCUCAACCACCUUCUGUUUCUCUAUCCUGACCGGCCCAAAGAUGAGGUCUUCGCCAAGUACUACACCCCUCCACUCUCAAAAGCGGUGGAUGGAUAUGUAAAACCACAGAUCAAACAAGUUGUGCCAGAAUUCACCACCCCGAACCCCGAACCCAGUGGAGCAACUCCCACAUUCAUGGACCAGUCAGCCUCUCCCUCUGUGAGCCAUCCCAACAACUUUGGUGUCUACCCCUCUAUGAGUGACGCCAUGUUAGAUGCAGAGGGAGACUUUGACCUGGAGGACACCAUGGACGUGGCUCGCCAUGUGGAGGAGCUGCUCCGCAGGCCCAUGGCCAACCAGUGGAGCAGUCAGCAGUCCUGAACCUGAAACCUGAACUUGCUGCACACUUCCAGGUCUUCAUUGUAUCUAACAAAAAACAUCCCCAGCUGUAAUCCCCACUGGACUGCAACCAGAACAAGACAUUUCCUGUCUUUAUCAGUCACUCUGGCAGAUCUACAUCACAUUUCACUAGCCGUCUUCAUGUUUAGCUGCCCACAGGAGUUUUGGAAGACAACAGUUCUGGUAUUGAAUAGCCAUCUACUUGCCUCAGUAUGUCUGUAGAGAGGGUAAACCUGCCAUCAAAAGUUCAAAGUUACUGGCAUUUGACAGAGGUUGAUGUCCUCUCUUGCUCACUGUAGUUUCUCAGGGCUGUAGUGUGGAGUUGGUUUUGGUCAAUGGAAUUUUUACACAGAUAUACAGUUAGUUUUUAUGUACGCUUUACAUUCAUAUGUGCCUGACAAGCUUUCAGCUGGCACUGGGAGAUUUUUGCAUUAAAAAAUAGACAAACUAUUUUCUCUUCAAACCUUUGAAGGUUUCUUUUCCUUCUACACAGUUGACAUUGUAAAUGUGACUAAAUACUGACAAACUGAGUCCCUUCUAUUAAAGGGGAUAUUUGUCAAUAAUUUUUAUUAGUAUCUAGUAAAUCCAGAAAUGAUUAUUAAAAAACAAGACUUAAAGCAAGACUAUGUAACUUACUGAUCAGCAGCCUCUCUGACCACAGGAAGUACUUACAGGAUAAUAGAAUUUUCCGUAAUUUCCCAAGAUUCUCUAUAUAGCAUAUAGUAAUGUAUUUUACAGAAUAUUGACACUACUAUUAGAUCGUAAGCAAAGUUAUUAUUGUACACGAAAAAAUGUUUGAAAUAUGAUGUAUAUUUAUAUUAAAAGUAUAUAGUGAUAAAUUAUUUUGUGAUAAUCAAAUCUGCAACUAGACUGAUGAAAUGCUGGCUAUUGUUUCAGUGGUGUUUGUGAAUUAUUUCCUGGGCAGUUAGAGAGAUGGUUGGCUGAACAGUAAAAUCACAAAGCUGAAACCAAUUCCUUUAAUUAGCAUUUUCUGAGAAUAAUCAACGUCCAGCAGUAUUAUGCUGUGUUUCUCAGCGAUCAGGUUGAACUCAGCAUGCAGCUGUGAAAGUUCUGGUUUUAGCUGAACUUCUUAAGUAACAGAACAUGACACAACACAGCAACAGUCUCAGUGAGUGCACUUUUAAUGUCAGGUAUACAUCAAUAUCUAUCUAUAGUUUGGAACAACGCUGAGUUUACAGCUUAUGAAUUCAGCUUUUUAUAAGAGAAAAGAUUUGUUUUAUUUAACAGUUACAUAGUCUUGCUUUAAGUACUGAAAUUGGACAUUUUAAUCUCUAACUGCUAUAUUUUGGUGCGUUCUGUAUAAAAAUGUAUGCUUAAUUAUUUCUUUUACAGCCAUUCUCUAAUGUUGUUGUACUUCACUGCCUUACAGCAAAAUGUUCAAAUGGUUCUAGGUGCUCAUUUGGCCUCAUGAAGUCAGCAACUGCUGACUGUCAGUGUCUCUUUUUGUCAGAUUGAGAUUUCAGUAUAAAUGUUGGUACAAUAUGAUCUUUUAAAAUAGUAUUAAGUCAUUAGCAAAGUGUUAUAUAAUGGCCUAAAAUCCAUCCAUCCAGCCAGAAUAUCCUGAUGUUAAUCCCCAAUAUAGAUCAAGCUCCAAAAACACUCGAUCCUACACUUCCCAUGAUACAACUCGAUAGCACCUUUUGUCAGACCCCUCCUGCCUGGUAAACUGGUAGACGCCCACAUCUUUCAAACCUCACACCUCCAGUGUGUAAUGCAUGUUUCUCAAAGUCCAAACCGAAUUUACUCAAGUCACUUGACAGACUUGACAAAGCUCCUCCAGAGCCACAGAAAACAUUGUACAACAUUGGCUGCACAGAGUCUGCGGGGGUCACGUGAUAUAAAAAGAUACAGACGUGGAAAUGUAUGCACAUAAGUGAACACAUUAAUAAACUGAGUGCAAUUCCCUCUUUUUCCUUGUUUGCACUUGGUUUAUCUAGUUGGGGAUUGUACAUUCAGAUUGCAUCAUGGCAAGAUUUCCCAACCCUCAGAAUAAAAGGGGUUGGGGUGAGGUAAUAACCAGUGUCCUUUGUGCUGCACAUAAACCAUCAGCCACUCUGAGCUGUGUAUAAAUUAGACACCGCAAGUCCUGUUUAAUAUUAAUACAUGAUUUAUAUGUGAUAAAGUGCAGGUCUGGGGAUCUAUUUAGAGAUAUAUCAAUAAUCAAAGAGGAAAAGUGCAAUGGCUAACCCAUAUGUUUGCAGUUUUACUUAGUUAAGUCUUAAGUUAGUUAAGUUAGUCUGUGCUUUCAUUUAGUUUGUAUGAGAACUAAAUCCUGACCAGCGUUAAAUAAAAAAGUUUUCUCAGAGAAUUUCUAAUUGCCCACUUUUAUUCUGAGUAUGAGAUACAUAUUGCCAGAGUUCAACAUUUCCCCUUACAUUUUACUACACACUAAACUGAGCUUAGUGUGCACAGAUCAUUUAUCUGUAUGUGCUUGGAUUCCCACACCAAUACUUUUUUUACUAUAUGACCCCCUGCAGACUCCAUAAAGGCUGAAUAGUCCUUCCAAAAGUUCUCCCCUUAAACUGUGUUCAUGUUUCUAAACAGAGGAUAUCUUACUCUGGAAUCCAGUGCGGUGUUUACAGGACGGCACCCUCACUGUACAUCGAAAGCUAUUAAUCAUGAUUUAACAGAAUGACAUGAAGACAUCAUUUUGUUGUUUCACCCUUCUAAUGUACUGUAUGAGCUGCCUGACACUUCUGUCCAAAGUGAUUUGUAGCUUUAGUGAGCCUAAACGUGACUGAAAUCUAAAACAUCCAACACAUCAUUUUCAAAAUAAAUUUCAAAUAGAAUAUUUUAACCCAGAGGCUACACUGAAGUGCUGUGGCUCAACCACAAAUGACAAACUCUGUUGGGCAUGUUGCCGUCUUCAUCCUCAGCUCCACCAUCUAGUGUUUCUUCGUAGACAGGGGACAGUGGUAGUUACAGUGACUAUUACAUUUUGAAUAUAAAAUAUAGUAUGUUGUCAAAAUGAAAUCUUAAGUGCUUUAUGUGUGCUCUCUUAUAAGCUAAGCUUAGUUAUAUGUCAAUGGAAAAUGCUCAUACCUCAUACUUUGUAGUUGUUGUUUCAGUCAUCAGCUCAUCAGUUUAUGUUGAUCAUGUCCUCAGCUCUGUUUCUGAAACUGCCAGAGUCCAGUCUGUCCAAAUCUGCACCCUCAUCAUGAUACUGACUCUGCAUACAGAGCUUUUCUUAGAUUCACGUCUGUUGUGACAUAAUCUCUAGUGUUUCUUUUCUAUGAAGCUUCCGUCUGGAGAUACAGAAGCUGUUAAAUCUGUGUGUGACUUGUGGAUUGUUAAGGGACAGCAAUGUCCAUACAUGACAUUUAAAGCCAUUGUCAUUAACACUGCACUAUUCCCACCAGCCUCAACCAAGCAAUGUCUAAUGCCAUUUAGAAACCACAAUUCACCCAGAAUGAAAGUGAACACGGUAAACCUCAGGAAAACACGCUGUGAAAUAAAGAUAGAUGAGUCCAAAUCAACCAAAUGAUACCUGAUGACUAGAGUGUAGAUGAGAUACUUUUCUGACUCUUGUGCCACUUUUGCCUCUUUUGUUUUUAGGUUAGAUUGUUGAAUAAAAGCCGAAACACAAACUUUAAUUGUGUACUAAAUCAGCAAAAGCGAACAAGCACUCUGAUGCUCACACCAGCAGUUAUCUGAUGUUCUCGCUAAUGCAGUAAUCUUCUCUUGUUUGUCUUUGAAUCAACUCUGUGUGUGUGUAUGUCUUCAGUGUAAUUCAGUUCUCUAGCUGGCUGCUGCAGUGUGUUUGCUGGCUUUUGUACAGUCUGUGGCGUGUUUAGGAAUUUCUUAUUUACUUCCACGUUAUGCUACAUUUUGCUGGAAGUUUGAUGUUGGGAUUGGGGAUAUGAAAAUAAAAGUUUUUCUAAUUAAUCAUA